CAAGCAUGGCUGACAUAAUAUGCGGAGCGGAAUGGGUGAAGUGAUUAGAGCCAAGGAGAAGAUCAGAUUGUAUUAUCAUGGCAUCACUUGAUAACAAGGUAAUUAAUGUAUUCCUGACCAACACCCAGAGUAGUUUGUCUAAUGGGAAACAAACCACAGUAGAUGGUUCGGUAGCAUCACCAGUAGGUGGCACCACAUCAGCACCAGAACAUGACGCCACAUCAUCAUCAAAAGAUAGCGUCACAGGUAAAUCAGAAGAUGGCGCCUCAUCACAUUCAACAGAAAAACCAACGACUCCAUCAGGAAAUGGCAUCACAUCAUUACCAUCAGACCUUGCCACAGAUAUACCGGUAGGUGGCGCCACACAAACAGAUGGCGCCACUGCGUCACCAGUAGCAGGUACCACAGAUGCACCAGUCGGUUGCACCAAGCCACUGAAUGUAAACAGUGAUACUGUGCAGAGAAUUCUGGGAACGAUCUUCGGACAAUGUACUGGGGAUGCCAUAGGAUUACUGACAGAGUUUAUGGCAAAGGAGGAAUGUAAAGAGCACUACAAGGCAGUGAGGAAAGAACUAGAAUAUUCCCACAAGAUUGUGGACUAUCAUCGUACACACUGGACGUCCGGAGACUGGACAGAUGAUUCAGAUCAGAUGAUUCUCAUAUUUUUGUCAAUCAUCGACAAUAACGGCAAGGUGGAUCCAAUUGAUUUUGCAAGACGGAUAAAGAAUUGGGGCCUCAAGGGAUUCCCUGAGUUGGGGAAUCAUGUUGGAAUGGGACAAGGGCGGACAACUCACAAUGUUAUCAACAAGCGGGAUUAUCUUGAAGACCCAUUUGCCGCAGCGAUCCGAGUGUGGACAGUUAAUGGAAAAGACGUGGCUUCCAAUGGCGCCGUGAUGCGGACAAGUAUCCUGGGAGUCCACAUGUACGCUGAUAUAGAUGUUGUCGUACAGAACGCCAUUACCAUUGCUAGAACUACUCACGCUGACCCAAGAUGCCGAGCGUCAACGGUGUCUGUCUGUGUGGCUGUAGCUUUGAUGUUACAGCGCAAACCAAAACAUCUGGACAGGAAAGGAAAUUACAAGAUAAAAGCAAUCAUCGACGAUUGUUAUGACUAUGCAUCACAGUGUCUGGAAACUGAUGAAAAAAAAAAGGAACUUAAGUCAUACCUUAAGUGCACAAAACUGAAAGAUUUAAAACUUGACGAGGAAGGUAAAAUUGGUUACACCUACAAGACAAUGGGGGCAGGUUUCUGGGCUUUAAAGCAAGAAAAUUUCAGGAAGACCAUUACGAAAAUUAUUAUGGAGGGUGGGGAUGCUGACACGAAUGCAUGUGUAGCCGGAGCACUGUUGGGGUGUAAAUAUGGCGUGGACACGAUACCUAAGUCAUGGAAGGAUAAACUCAUACACAAGGAGUGGCUAGAGGCAAUUAUUGACAGAUAUUUCCGUAUGAUGGCAGAAGCACACGACAUCGACUUCACACCUUACUGGUCAAGAGUAUCAACAGAGCCACAAAACUGAUACAGCAGGCUGUAGAGACGUUUAAAAUGAUUUAUUCAUAUACAAUAUUGCUUCUCUUGUGGCACUAUUCAGAAUACUCAUGUAAGAACAUACUGCUUAUUAUACAGCAUAUUCUUGAGAGGAAACAUUAUUUACUUAUACAUCCUCUGACACCAUUCGCAAUAUUUUUUUACAUAUUAUUACAACUGCGAAGUAUCUACUGAUUGUUCCUAGUCAGAUAGUCUGCAUCUAGCGCUCGUGGUAUGACUACUCUCCAGAGUCUAGUCAAAUAUUGUAGCAUCAACUGUGCCCCCAUGGUCAAACUACAUGUAUAUUUUUUUAAGUUUAUAUUUUGCAUUUGCGUAGUUGUAGUUAUGAUCUUUAAGAGUUUCGUUAUAUACUUAUAUGCAUGUAUAUUAUGUUUUAUCUAUUUGCGUAAAUCUUUUUAUUAUUGUCAUUAACUUAUAAUCAUAAAUGCAUACUUCAUUUAUACGGGUAUAUUUGUAUUUCGAAUUAGCAAAGAUAAAUAAAAUAGGAAUGUUUGUCUACAAAUUAAAUCUUAGAAUAUUUCCAAAAUAAUUUACUGAACGUGCUUAUGACGUUAUCAAACACAAUUUAUGUAUUAGUUCAUUACUGUAUUUAUCGCGGUCAACCCCACGGUAUAAAUUAGUGUAAUACUGUAUAUGAAACAUAUAACAUUCUAACGUAAUUAUAAGGAGUGUAGUCCGAGUCAACUUCGUCUAGAGAAGGAUAUUUGUGAUAUUUAUUGGUCAAAGUUAAAUUUUACAUUUACAUUAUGCAAGUAUCAUGAUGUAACCGGACUGGAUAUAUUUCUCGUCUUCUUUUUGAGAAAUGUAAAAUUUCAUGAGUAAACAUUACUUGCAUAUAUCAUAAUCAAAAAUAUGUAAAUUAAUUACUAAAUUGACGAUUAAGUGAUAUUGCCUAUGUUAUUAUAUAUGAUUAUUUAUAAUGGUUGUGGUGUAUUGUAUAUAAGGUUGUAGAUCGUUGAAUAAACCAAGUCACAAGUUGACUGAGUCUUUUGUUAUUUCAGGAAAUAAUUGUUUCCCUUAACUUGUUACUGUCAUGUAACU